CCCCCGUCCAGUUAUGAUCCUCCCAAACCCCAGAUAGUCUCGCAGUACAUCUGAAUUUGCGAACAUGGCGUCCUCACUUCGACGACUGAUCAAGGAUCAUGCAUUGCUACGAAACGACCCUCCCCCGAAUUACUUUUUCCCAGACACCGAUGAUCUAUCCUCAGUCCCCGAUGACCUGACACAACUCGUCGUGCUGAUAACGGGCGCCGAAGGCACCCCAUACUCUCAAGGCCUAUGGCGCCUCCAUCUCAAAAUGCCCCAGGAUUACCCCAGGAACCCACCGAAAGCGACGUUCAAGACCAGAAUUUACCAUCCCAAUGUUGACGAGACUACUGGCGCAGUCUGCUUGGAGACUCUCAAAAGGGAUUGGGAUCCUAAAUUGACUCUCAAGGACAUUCUCGUUACCAUCUCAUGUUUGUUGAUCCAGCCCAACCCAGACUCGGCGCUCAACGCAGCAGCCGGUGCCUUGAUCCAGGAAGACUACGAUGCUUUCUCCAAGCAAGCACAACUCAUGACGAGAAUACACGCCCCGAUACCGCCACAUCUACGACACGAGGUGGGGGUUGCGAAAAAGCGCGGAGAAGAAGCCGAAGACCUGGCUGUCCUCGGCUCCAACGCAGCCACAUUACAUAGUCAAUGUCCUUCGCAACAAAAUGAUGCACAGGAAGACGACACCAAGGAAAACGAGCCUCGUAUGAUGUCGACGGACCACGUGCAAGCCAAUACCAAGAAUAAGCGACCAUUAGCAGACAUUUUGGUGCACCAAGAGUCAGGUGAAAACACAAGCUCCGAGAAUUUGUACCCGCAUUCGACGCAUCACAUUCAGACAGACGGAUCGAGCCAGCUGGACUGCAAUGACGAGACAAAUCGCAGGAAAUCACCCAAGCACAUACAUGCAUCAACGGCGGUCGAUGACAGGUGUUCCGUGUCGACCUCAGACAUAGCGGACGAGAAGGAGAAUGCAUCUGCCGAGAUGAAGAAGACUGUGGGUCAGGUGCCGCGGCCAACUGCUCUACGAAAAGUAUCCAAUGUCGGAGCGACGAGACGAGGACAGCCGCGUGUUGGAAUCCGACGAUUGUGAGAUGGGCGUGGCUUUGUAUCUAAAUUUGAGCACUGGCGUUGGGGUUAGCAACUCGAUCAUGAGUGACGAGGCUUGCUUGGCACUGCUCUGUAUGACAUGGCCCUCGUUUAAAGGCAGCAUGAACGCAGUACAGGCUCAUCAAAUCAUCGAUUCCAUGUAUGCAUAUACUCCGUACGUAAGCGUUAGGUGGCUCGAGUUG